UGUUCGGAGCGGCUGUGGGGGGGCCCGGAGCGGCGAGGCCGGCGGCCUUCCCCAGCUCGCUGGGUCCUGGCCGCCCCUCGCCGGGGUGGAGGGGCCGCCCCCUGGGCCGGGCCUCGCCUCAGGCGCCGCCGCCCCGCCCUAGGCCCGCCCCGCCCGGCCUGAGGGGAGGAACUGGCUGGGCCUUCCCGCGCGGCCCAGCCACCUCCGGAGUCACCGCCGCUACCCUCCGUGCGCCGAACUGGAAACUGCCCCUCGCCCCUCUGGCCGACGCCAUGAAGAUCAAGGAUGCCAAGAAGCCGUCUUUCCCAUGGUUUGGCAUGGACAUUGGGGGAACUCUAGUGAAGCUGUCAUAUUUUGAACCAAUUGAUAUCACAGCAGAGGAAGAACAAGAGGAAGUUGAGAGCUUAAAAAGUAUCCGGAAAUAUUUGACUUCUAAUGUAGCAUAUGGAUCCACUGGUAUUCGGGAUGUACACCUUGAACUGAAGGAUUUAACACUCUUUGGCCGGAGAGGGAACUUGCACUUUAUCAGAUUUCCAACCCAGGACCUGCCUACUUUUAUCCAAAUGGGGAGAGAUAAAAACUUCUCCACAUUACACACGGUGCUAUGUGCUACAGGAGGUAGUGCUUACAAGUUUGAAAAAGAUUUUCGCACAAUUGGAAACCUCCACCUGCACAAACUGGACGAACUUGACUGCCUUGUAAAGGGCUUGCUGUAUAUAGAUUCUGUCAGUUUCAAUGGACAAGCAGAGUGCUAUUAUUUUGCUAAUGCCUCAGAACCUGAGCAAUGCCAAAAGAUGCCUUUUAAACUGGAUGAUCCUUAUCCGCUGCUGGUAGUGAACAUUGGUUCCGGAGUCAGUAUUUUAGCAGUCCAUUCAAAAGACAACUAUAAACGAGUAACUGGGACAAGUCUUGGAGGUGGUACCUUUCUGGGUUUAUGCAGUUUAUUGACGGGCUGUGAAAGUUUUGAAGAGGCUCUUGAAAUGGCAUCCAAAGGUGACAGCACCCAUGCUGACAAGCUGGUCCGUGAUAUUUAUGGAGGAGAUUAUGAAAGAUUCGGUCUGCCAGGUUGGGCUGUAGCAUCUAGUUUUGGGAAUAUGAUUUAUAAGGAGAAGCGAGAAUCUGUUAGUAAAGAAGAUCUAGCAAGAGCUACUUUAGUUACUAUCACCAAUAACAUUGGUUCUGUGGCACGAAUGUGUGCUGUUAAUGAGAAAAUAAAAAGAGUUGUCUUUGUUGGGAACUUUUUACGUGUCAAUAUUCUCUCGAUGAAACUUUUGGCAUAUGCACUGGACUACUGGUCAAAAGGUCAGCUGAAAGCAUUGUUUCUAGAGCACGAGGGAUACUUUGGAGCAGUUGGUGCACUUCUUGGGCUGCCAAAUUUCAGCUAAAACAUCAGAUUUCUCUCUGCUAAUAAAUGUCAUCCAAAAGAAACUGACAACCAGAGGCAUUAUUACUGGAUUAUUUGUCACUGGGAACCAAAGGAUAAAAGAGUAGCUCCAUUCCUGUUGAUAUUUAAAUGUCAAAAUGGUAAGCUGCUAAAUGUUGCCAUAUUAAAAGAGAACCUGGUAACGUGAGUAUUUCUAAUUGAAAUGCUUACUCUUCUGUAUAUAAGCAGUGUUAAUUUCUUAAAUGCAAUAUAGCCUCUGAUUAUUGAGCUUCCUUUCAAAAGAUUUUCUAUUUAUUUUAUGUAGCCAACAUUGCAAUACUGUAUGCUCAAAUACAAAUCUUAAAGUCUCAGAAAUGUUUAACUCAUGAAGAUAAUUGAAUCUCAGUAUUUGUUACAAGUCUGUUGUAUGUGUGUUUUGGUUACUAGUAAGCAGACAGUAGCAUACCCUGUUUCAAAACUAUUGAAAUAGCAAUCAAAGAUGAUAAUUUUUAUGUGAUUUUAGAGAUGUUAAGGCAACAUUAUUAUUACAGUUUUCCUAACAUAUACUCCCCAAAAGCAUGUUUGUUGUGAUCUUUCCCUAAAAUUUUUUUCAAAUGCCAUAGUUUAAUUGAAAUACUAUGUUACAUAAUAACCUGAAUUUAAAAAUGAAUCUUCGAAAAUGCACAUAAAUGAUGAUACUGCACUUUAUGUUAUGAGUAAAUCAAUACAGUUCAAAAUGUUUAAUAUUUUUAAAUUGGAGGUUUAAUUACUUAUUUGAAAGUCUAUUCAAUGAGGUUCAGGACUAUUCCAACAGAAUAUGGUUUGCAUGCAUUGGUAGAGUUCUGUACUCUUGAUAUACCACAUUUACGUUAGGCUCAAACCAGUCAGUUGUGUUUAAUUAGGUCUGUCUGAACUUUUAAAGCUAAAGACUUAUUAUAAAUAGCAACAAAAUCUAUUAUUAUUAACGAUGUUACAGAAAUCUAAGAGUUGUUCCGAAAUUCUGGGAGUCUGAGACAGUACUGCAGAAUUAUGAAAGGAUCAGUGUUUUGUAUGUUCUGGUAGUAACAGCAUUACAGUUCCAAAAUUUGUAAAACCUUUUGCCUUGGAGUUUGUUCUCUAAUUAAAGUCAUUUUUUAUAAUGUAAAUGUUUUCAGAUUUUACUUAGGCAGUAACAUUUUCAAGGUCCAGUAGUUCAGCAGAGUUGUUUGAGACUUACUUAUGGUUUAGGAAGUAGAAAAACUUGGGGGAAAAUAUCUCCUCGAAGUACUAUUAAAUCUGGAUGUACUUUGAAGAGCUUAAAAAUUGUUUACAGGAAGAAGGGAGUAUAUUACAACAUGUUCUUACAGAACACAAUUCUCCAUAGAGAAAGAUUUUCAAUAGACUAUCAAGAAGUGCUUGAUAAAGACAUUUCUCCUUGUGGUUUUCAGAUUUUGUGCUCAAAUACUUAAAAUUCAGUUUUCUCUAUCUAAAAACAUGAAUGUAUGAAUAGCAAGAGUAAAUAAUUAGUGGGAAAAACAUGUGAAGAUAAACUUUUAGAAUUUGGACCUUUGAAUUCCUGUCAGUAGUCACUGUGAAAGCCUCCAGUGACUAAACGCUUCUUACUGUAAUGUCUCCAUUGUAGUGACUAGUAGUGUAGCCAAAAGCUAUCUGUUCAGUUUACUUUACAAUUUUAUGACUUGGGUGUCUGUACAAAAUGUUUCUAUUUUUAAAUGAUAACUUCAAGUUGUAUCCCUGUGGCAAACUAUGUUAGCAGCUACAUAUAGUUAGCUUAAAGACAGAUUUGGGGCUGUCUUUAAGAGAUAAAUGGAAUGAUCAAAAUGUAUAUAGGUUCAUUUGAUGAAUAGUUUGGUUAAUCUGGGACUAUAAUUCAUUCUUUUUGUCCUUUGAAACUAAAGUUACCUGCUAAAAUACAUACACAGUGAACAACGAUCUCACACAGUUGCUCUUUGCUUUUCUCUUGGAUAAUCUAGAAUUACUGGAGUAAUAAAUAAGAACCCAGAAUUGCAAUGAAGUCUACCAAGAUUCUGAUUUUUUUAUUAGCAUCUCAAGAAAUUUUUUGGAAGCAUGCAGUGGUAAAGUGGUUUGGCUCUAAUCCCAGUCAGUAUAAUGCCUCAACGCUCUGUGCUCUUUACAGUGCUAAUAGAAAUAAAAUGUGAGCCACAUGUAAUUUUACAUUUUCUGGUAGGCACAUUUAAAAAGUAAAAAAAAAUAGGUGAAAUUCAUCUCAAUUACAUAUUUCUAAUUAACCCAUAUAUCUAACUUGUUACAUCAAUAUAAAAAGUCACUUAGGAAAUAUUUUUCCUUUUUGGGGGGAUACUUUUUAAAAUGAGUGCCUAUUUUACACUUACAGCACAUCUCAAUUUAGGCUAAAUUCCAUUUCAAGUUCUUAUUAGGCACAUAUGGGUAGUGGUAGACUACAGUUCUAGAACUAGCUGCUAAAAAUUAAUGCUGUCAUUAUCUUUUAAACUUUAUAAAGAAAGGCUUUUUUAAAAAGAAUGUUUGAGAGGGGAAUGAAUAUAUGGGGGCCUUAUUUUUUAAAAUGUAGAGAUAAUGAAGUGGCUCUUCGGGGUUAGUUUAUUUUACACAGACAAGUAGUAUUUCUGACCAUUCUAAAAAUUCAUUGCAUUCUUCCAUUUCAUCAUAGUGUGCAUCAUUUUUCCUAUGAUACUCAUCAGGUUGCCCAAGACACAUCCUUGCAUCCUCAGCAGUCUCCAAAAUUCAUACUCUUCCUCUGCAACAAAUCUGAUGAUUCCAGGGACUUAAAUCAGUCUCCCUCACGUCUCCCUCACCUUACCUAACUGAACUUCGAGAAGUCAAUUUUAAAGAAUUAAAAAAGAGACCCUGUUAAUUCUUACAGAGUUCUGUACCCACGGGAGAAUCUUUAUAACUUUUGAAUUUCAUUUUCAUUCUUAAAAACUCAACAUUUUCUAAUGAAAGGAGCACUAUUGAUUUGUUUUGGGAUUUGGUAAAGAAGAGUAAGCCCCAAACUCCUCCCCCCAACCCCCUAAAAAACAGCCUUUUAACUAGAGACUUUUA